AGACGAGUUAAAGCUGAUGUCUUAUCACAAUUACCAGCGAAACGUCGUGAAUUAGUUGUUCUAGAUCCAAGUAUAAUUAAAAAAGGAAGUCUUGGUAGACAUGCGAAAACAAUGUUAACGGAUAAAUUAUCGAGUAAAGAGAAACGUUCUGCUCUGUUUGAAUACUUCCAUGCAACUGGUGCGGUAAAACUUCCUGCUAUAGAACAAUACGUUUUAGAUUUAAUUGAAUGUGGUCACAAAUUCCUACUGUUUGCACAUCAUACGGACGUUCUGGACGGUCUUGAUAAAUUACUGUCAGAAAAAUCGAUACGUUUUAUUCGUAUUGACGGUCGGACAAAUUCUGAACAAAGAUCUGUUGUUAGUCAAAUAUUUCAAAAAGAAGACGAUUGUCGUGUUGCAUUGCUUUCAAUUACUGCUGCUGGAACAG